UUGAUGCGCCCAUGAUGCUUCGCGCGUCCUUGGGUCAGCCCAACAAGACAAGAUGGCGGCGUCAGGAGGAAAACCACCGAUGGACUCUUGGCGGAUCUUUCCCGAUGUUACUCCGGAGCAAAUGAGGGCCGAGGCCGAGCGACAGGCCAUCAGGGGGAAGCUCAGAGCCGCCAUGCAGGAGAAGCUAAGGGAUCCGUACGCCGUGGGCAACUUCGAAGACCCUGCUCUGACACGCUGGUACUACGUCAGGAAUCAUCAGUUUGACAACUUUAAGCAGACCCCCAAGACGUCAUUCCUUGGCAUAGUGUUUGGAAUCGCUCCAAUUGCAGUGCUUACAUGGCUAUUCUGGACUGAUAGGCGCAAAAUGAAGGAAGAUUGGAGGAAGGGCAUUGGAAGAAAUAAAGCAUCUAUUAUAAACUUCUAACCCCCGUCUUCAAUGCUAUGGCAGGGCUUUUCAACAAGAUUAUAUAGAUGAAUAUGUCACAUUGAGAAGCUUCCUCAUUACGCACCACCAUAAUGAACAAUAGAACAUCUAUUAGAAAAAGCCUGAUGAUGUGUUUUUGCGGAGUUGUAAUAUGGACAGUGUGAAGAUUUGUUCUAAACAUCUGGGAAUAAUUUUCACCAUGUAAAACAGACAGUCUGAUUUAGUUCCAUGUUAUGUGUGUCAGAAAUAAAGUGUCAGUUGACAUGGACUUGUGA